GUUACUUCCGUCAACAAAAGCACAUGGGAUCCAGCCCACCCGCAAGAGAAACAUGCUCUUGUUGACUUACUUCAGACGAAGGAUGCUAUGCUUUGACAUGUAAGGCAUUAAAAGUAAGACGAUACGAAGGAUGCCACGCUUGUAUUUGAGACAUUUUUCAAGAGAAGAAAGCUACACAGCGUCAAAAAGGCCGUCACCAUGAGGAAGCGACAUCUGGCAUGACGAAAAUGAAACCUUGAAAUGUCGUAGUAGAAUUACCGUGUGUAGGGUUUUGUGUUUUUGAACGUAAACCAUCGACAUCUUUUAGUGAACUGGAUAAGACAUAUACCCCCUGUGAAACAUUUCUAUAAAUAAAAAUGUUGUGGCGACUCUGCUAUCAAGCUGGAAUAGUUUGUAUCGUGGCAUAUUUGACUUUAAAACUGAUCCAGACAGAACAGUUCGAAACCUUUUCAAAUAAGGUUCUGAUUCCGAAGUUAAAUGCAGUGUUGAAUAUAUUUGAGACCACAAGGAAUGAACAUUUGGCAGACACACAUCAAGUCAAAGCUGUCUGGACCAAAGAAGAUGACAGAGAACUAUUUAAAGUUGGUAUGGUGAGAAACAAAACGGAUGAAAUAACAUUAGCUGAAGGAAUGGCUCGCCAUGGUUUUAAUGAGCUGCUCAGUGAGAGGCUUGGAGAGAUCAGACCAAUCAAAGACUCCAGGAAUAAAUUGUGUCGGGAACAGCAGUACCCCCAGGACCUCCCCGAGGCCAGCGUGGUGAUGUGUUUCUACAACGAAGCCUGGUCAACCCUCAUCAGAUCCAUACAGACGAUACUGACACGGACCCCCGCAGUGUACCUGCAUGAGAUCGUACUGGUGGAUGACGCAAGCACACUUGACCACCUCAAGGCUCGUCUGUCCAAGUAUAUACACGGUCUGUCGAAGGUGAAACUUGUGCGCAGUACAGAGAGGCUGGGACUGAUUCGAGCCAGAAUACUGGGGGCAAGACAAGCCACUGGACAGGUCCUAGUGUUUCUUGACAGCCACAUUGAAGUGAACAGGCAGUGGUUGGCGCCGCUUCUCUCCCGGAUCAAGGCACAGCGGACUACGGUGGUGGUGCCGGUCGUGGACAUGAUCGACUCGGAGACCUUCAUGUACCGAUCGUCUCCCCUUGUCCGUGGAGGAUUCACAUGGUCCCUGCUCCACAGAUGGGACGGACUGCCCCCGAGAUACCAGAACAGUAUUGAUCAACUUAUUGAUCCCAUUGAGACACCAACUAUGCCGGGUGGAUUGUUUGCCAUGGACCGAUCUUACUUUUACGAGCUCGGAGAGUAUGAUUCUCAGAUGGAUGUUUGGGGAGGCGAAAAUAUUGAAAUAUCUUUCCGGAUCUGGCAGUGUGGGGGUCGGAUGGAAAUAGUCCCCUGUUCUCGAGUGGGUCAUGUAUUCCGACACUUCCGACCAUAUGGUUCGACCAAUGGAGUCGAUACAACUACACGAAACUCACUAAGGGUGGCUCUGGUCUGGAUGGACAAGUAUAAGGAAUAUUUCUAUGACCUGAAGCCCCUGGCCCGGGAUAUUGACCCAGGGGACAUCACAGAGAGGGUGGAGCUCAGGGAGCGGCUCGGGUGUCGGAGCUUCAGGUGGUACCUGGACAACGUGUAUCCAGAACAGGUGGUUCCCGGACAAGCAGCCAAAUAUCCAGGUAUGCUUGGAACACCCGUCGACAUGACCGCUGCCAAACCUCGAGAGCUGCAGAGAGGCCAGUUGAAGCACCUGACCUCUGACCUCUGUGUGACCCCUGCACAGGAAGGAGGGAAGAAGAGAUUCCUUUCACUGCAGAAAUGUCACCCUCGGCCAGAACAAGCUCAGCAGAUCUGGCAAGAAAUGGCUGAUUACCAGCUUCUGGUCAUGUCUACACGCCUUUGCCUGGAGAGCUCCCAGAAAAGGGGAGAUAACCUCGCUCAACCGAUGGCUAUGAAGUGUCACAAAUCUGGGGCAGCGCAGGUGUGGAUCUGGUUGAAUGAGGGGGAGGUAACUCAGCUGUACAACCCUGCCAGUGGAAAGUGCCUGUCGGGAGAGGGGCAGUCAGGCUCGAACCUCCAGCUCAAUAUCUGUAACAAUGUAUCGGAUCAACACUUUAUUCUCGACAGCUCAUGAUUGUUUAAGAUUCUUCAAUCUUCUUAUCAUAUACCUACAUCUGUCGCAUAUGUGCUCAUCGCUCUUGAAAACAACAUGAAGGCGAUCACCAUUAUGGGAUAAAUGUAUAAACACAAUACAAUAAAUUGAUCCUGCUUCUCAAUGCGAAGUAGUCACAGAUUCUGGAAACAGUUACGAGCUACAAAGAAUUACACAUUAUCUGUCCCGAUAUUAUAUAUAUGUAGUCAUGCUAUUAAGAAAUAAGACGUGUUAAGGCAUUAUCUGUGGUCUAAUAGGUGACGAUUAGGCCUAAAAGAUAUAAAGGAUAUUUUUUUUCUAUUCUGCUAUUGCCUGUAUUGUUUUAUGAUUGAUUUUAUAAAUUUAAAUUUUUAAGUUAUUUCAAAUGACCCCGCUGUAGCCUGAGAUCACCAUUAUGGGUUUCAGAUUUGCAUCAACAUGAUAAAUGCCCAGACACAUCUUAUUUCUUAAUAUUAUGACUGCAUAUAUAUAAUAUCGGGACAGAUAAUGUGUAAUUCUUCGUAGGUCCUAACUGUUUCCCAGAAUCUGUGACUAUUUCGUAUUGAGAAGCAGGAUCAGUUUAUUGUAUUGUGAUUAUACAUUAUCUGUGGUCUAUUAGGUGACGAUUAGGCCCCGAAUCAAGAAUAUUUUUUUCAAUUCUGCUAUUGCUUGUAUUGUUUUAUGAUUGAAUUUAUAAAUUUAAAUUUUUAAGUUAUUUCAAAUGUAUUAAUGCCGACCCCACUGUAGCUUGGACACAGUGACCUGUGUGCCGUUGAGAUAACUCUGCAGUUGCACAUGCUGUCAUCAAUGGAGGGGGUUUACGUGACAAUGUACAGUACUAUUUGUUGUCUAUUGGUGAUGAGCAGCGCCUUUGAUCCCGCCUCCUGCUAUGAUAGAAUACUAAAUAUUACCCUCAAAUCUGAAGGGCGGGCGGGUAGCUAGUGGUUAAAGUGUUCGCUUGUCACACCGAAGACCCAGGUUCGAUUCUCCACUUGGGUACAAUGUGCGAAGCCCAUUUCUGGUGUCCCUCACCGUGAUAUUGUUGGAAUAUUGCUAAAAGCGGCGUAAAAACGUACUCAUUCACUCACACAAAUCUGAAAACAAAUAAGCUUCAAUUCCCAAUUCUCCUUACUUCUGUACAUGUUUAAGCGUUACUGUUAAUCAAUGGGCAUUAGUGUGAUGUGUUUACUGGUGGUAUGCAUGUCUGUCUGUUAUUACUGCCAUUAACCCCAGCUGAGUACUAGAAGCAGAGCCACGUGGGUCCCACUGCACAAGCCAGCUUUGGGUCAUGACGACUGUAGGUGUUGUAGGUAAGGUGAAAUGGGGUUUAAUGUCGCGUCCAAGAUUAUUGCACUUAUAUAGCGACGAGCAUGCAUGUGUGUGUGUGUGUAGCUUCUUGUACUAGUCCGG